CCAUACAUCAAGCUAUGGCUCUGCUUUGUCCUCCCCCUGCUGGCCAGGGGAGACAAGACAUACUGAUCGAGAAGUGUCCUUGUCUUUAUUCCUUAGAGGCCAGUUUUCCCGGAGAGGAAAUGGGUGAUGAUAAGAAUUGCGACUGUGAUUUUUACCAAGAACUAUCGCCGGGCAUAAAGGUCACCAUCAGAGCUAUCUGCAUCAUGAAGUUCCAGGUCGCCAAGAGAAGGUUUAAGGAGAGCCUGCGUCCCUACGACGUCAUGGACGUCAUCGAGCAGUACUCCGCGGGACACCUGGACAUGCUGUGUCGCAUCAAGAACCUCCAGUGCAGAGUGGACCAGAUAGUGGGCAAGAGCAUGAAGGACGGAGACACCACCGAGGACGGCAGCAUGAUGGGGCGCCUGGGGAGGGUGGAGAAACAGGUGUGCUGCAUGGACCGCAAACUGGACUUCCUGGUGCACGCGUACGUGCAGCGCAUGGGCAUCCCCCGCUCGGAGACGGAGGCCUUCUUCAGCUCCAAGGAGCCCUACCCAGCGCCCCCCUACCACAGCCCCGAGGCCAGGGACAAGGGCGAGCAGGAGCAGGAGAACAAGAAGAAGGAGGAGGAGGAGCAGCAGAAGGCGGAGGAGGAGGAGGAGGAGGAGGAAGAGGAGGUGAGGGCCGAGAAGGAGCUGAAGGUCUACUCGGCGGUGGAGGUGAUGUGCUCGGAGGGCUCGGUGGAGCGGAGGGACACCCCGCUGGGGGGCCAGUCCGCCAACGGCUCCCUGGGGACCCCCUCCAUCAGCCACCGGCCCACCACCUCCUGGCAGCACCAGCUGCAGCACCCGCUGGCCCAGCCCGCCUGGGGCAGCAGCAUGGCCAACACCCCCUCGCCUGUAGGGGGCAGCGGGGAGCAGUCCCCCACGCUGUACCGCCUGCCGCCUCCGCCCGCCUCAACCCACGACCGCUCCGUCUCCAGCGCCCACACGGCGGGGGGCGGCGGCGGCGGCGGCGGGGGGGGGCGGGAGAGCGGGAGGGAGAGCGGGCGGGACAGCGGCUCCCAGAGCAGGCGGCGCCACCGGCGGCCCCGGGGCCCGCAGGAGCAGCCGCCGGCGGCGGCGGCGGUGGCGGAGAGCGACACCUCGGUGUCCAUCCCCUCCGUGGACCACGAGGAGCUGGAGCGCUCCUUCAGCGGCUUCAGCAUCUCCCAGGCCAAGGAGGACUUCUUCGGGCCAUCCUUCUACGCCGGCCCCGGCGGCGGGCGAGGGCGAGGCCGAGGGCGGGACGCCGGGGGGGCGACGCGAUGCGCCAAGGUCCGGCCCUUCCUGGCGGAGGGCGAGUCGGACACGGACUCUGAACUGUACGCCCCCUCGCCGCAGGCGUACACCCCAGACGGGGCCUACCUGGAGAGGGGCUGGCCUGGACACCACUAGGCCCCGGAGCUGGAGGACAGAGAGGGUCCCGUCCCCGGUCUCGUCCCGAGGCGCGGAGGGGGAAGCCUGCCCGGCCGUCGAGGCUGGCUGUACCGAGCGAUGGGUGUUGCCAAGAACAUAACCCUGUGGCCCAGGGGACGGCGUGAGGGACUGUCGCCGGGGAGACCGCCACAAUACCCCCCCAGACAAAAGGUGGUCCCGGUGCUGAGGAUUAAGUUAAGGUGGACAUUAAGACGGGGGUGUGACGAGGCUAAACGGAUGAUGAUUACAUCACGAUCGUAUCCAUGAUGAAGCUCAGAUCGGGAUGAGGAUUAAGAUGGUGAUAUAAUUAGUGAUAACGUUGUAAAAGAUACAUCGAAGGGGGGGAUAUUUAAUUAAAAUCCUACGGAACAAGGAUGGAGAGGAGCUGGUGAUUAACUGAAGCCGAGGUUAAUCAGUGGACAUUUCAGCACCGCCCGUAAUUAAAUCAUAUCCUUACCGGAAUUUUACGGGAAACCAUUGGUCUAUUUGUAGUUUGUCGCCAUGACGAUUAAGUUUCAAUGCCAACGCUACAUAGCUUCAUAUCGCGUUAGACUAAAAUAUAAAACAACUACUUCCAGUUGUGGUUAGUGGUACAAUUUUAGGCGUUAUGUUACAUUAAAAUUAGGAGUAACAUAUAUGGUUAUUGCAGAAAUUAAUUAUAGGACCGUAUUUUUGCACUAAUUAUCUACUUGAAAUGUAUUCGUCACAUAAUUUUUUGGGCAGAAAUGUGCUUUGUACCCAGUAGUCUGACUCGCGCACAUUUUCAACCACACAGCGCUUGAAGCUAUGUUUCGACGCUAGUUGGUCAAACCAGAGUGGGUAGUUGGCUGUUGGUCCUUUGAAAGAGGGGGAAUGAUGCCAAAGGGGGUCGUUGGGUCUGAUUAUUAGUAGCCUUAAAAAAAAAGAAGCUUGUUUUGAAUGUCAUAGAUUCAGUGGUACCCGCCCAAAAUGUCCCCUUCUAAAUCCCUGAUUUCAUACCGAUGAACCCGGGAAUCCUGCAUGGCAUGACGGAAUUCAAGGAUCCAAGACUGUUACGAGGGCUCUAGAUACCGCCCCUUAUUAAUAAAAUUAACAGUUUUAUACUAAUGAAUACAACUAGAAAACCAAAAUGGAUGCAUGUGUGGUUUCAAGCUAGGAUAUGUUAGCUUUUUCAGAGCUUGAAAGCCAAUCAUUUGAAGAGGCCAAAUUUUUACCAUAACAUAAUCUCUGUUCAUAUAUGUUAGUAGAGUCCAUCUUUAGCAGAAGAUCUCUCUCUCUUUCUCUCUGUCUCUGUCUUUCUCUCUGUCUCUCUCUCUCUCUCUCUCUCUCUCUCUCUCUCUCUCUCUCUCUCUCUCUCUCUCUCUCUCUCUCUCUUUCUCUCACUCUCCCUGACUCUUUCUCCCUUUUAAUUUGUAUGCCAUUGUACCUCUCUUGUUCUCUGUCACUCUCUUUCGCUUUCUCCCUCUCUGUCCCUCUCGCCUUCUCUUCCUUCGCUCUCUCUCGCUCAUCCUCUCUUUCUGUCUCUUUUUCUCCCUCUGUCUCUUUCCCUCUCUAACCUCCUCUCUCUCAUUUUAUACUUUGCCACAAUAGUUUCAUGAAUAUUAAUGACUUGACCUUCACACUGGAAGGUUAAAAGUGAAGGUUUGCCACCACACUUGUCCUAAUGCAAUAAGAAGCAAGACAUUAAGAGUUCCAUUUGCACCUGAGAAGCUUGUAUGAGGCAUUAUGCUUUCCCCCAAUUUACAUAGAUCUUCCUCAAUUAGCGUCGCCCCAUUUUAGGUGAAGUCAGGGCGAUUCCCAGGCUUUUUGAACCUGAUAUUAAAACUGCCUUUCAGUUUCAAUCGGUCAUGAGGGAAAAUGAACACAAACAUUUGACGAACUGAGCCACAUGCGAUGCUAACCAUUGGAAACUUUGUUUUAAUCAUUUAAAAAACAAGGAGCGCCUAAAUCUAAAAGAUUACCAGACAAUCUUAAAAUAUACAUAGAAGUUUAUGGCAAGGUUGUUUACUUAUUCUGUGAAAGAAAGGUGGAAUCCAAUUGUUCUGGGAGAAAUGUGUUAAGAGUUUGCUAGCAUGUUUUCUACCAAUGUAAAAGAGAUGAAUGUAAAGUUUUCCAUGAUAAACGGUUCACGGCCGUGUAACUGCAUACACUCCUUGGUCUUCUCCAACAAUUAAACUUUGUACACCACUGAAAGGUUA